GUGGCAUGAUGCCCUCAGCAGUGCAAGGAAGCAGACCGAAGCCUUCGGCGGAGCAAGGAAGCCGGAGCAAUGUCCUUGGCAGAGCAAGGAAGCCAGAGCGACGUCCUCAGCAGAGCAAGGAAGCAGAGCGACGCCUUAAGCAGAAUAAGGAAGCAGAGCGACGCCCUUGGCAGAACAAGGAAGUGGCGCAAAGCCCUCGGCAGAGCAAGGAAGCAGAGCGACACCCUUAGCAGAGCAAGGAAGUGGCAUGAAGCCCUCGGUGGAGCAAGGAAGCAGAUUGAUGCCAUCGGCAGAUCAAGGAAGCAGAGUGAUGCCAUCGGCAGAUCAAGGAAGCAGAGUGAUGCCCUUGACAGAGCAAGGAAGCCAGAGCGAUGUCCUUGGUGGAACAAGGAAACAGAGUGAUGCCCUUGGCAGAGCAAGGAAGUGGCACGGCACCCUCAGCAGAGCAAGGAAGCAGAGCAAUGCCCUUGACGGAGCAAGGAAGUUGGCACAACAUCCUCAGUGGAGCAAGGAAGCAGCGCAAUGCCCUCGGCAGAACAAGGAGGCCAGAUCAACGUCCUUGGUGGAGCAAGAAAACCGGAGUGAUGUCCUUGGCGGAGCAAGGAAGCAGCACCCUCAGCAUCCUCAGCACCCAAAAUAUAAAUGCAGCAGAUUUUUUCAGUGUCCAGGAAGCCCUCCUGGAAAAGUCCCGCCUGGUGUGGAAGGAAAUGACAAAGAAUGGCUCGAUGCCAUGCGCUCCCUCAGAAAACCAAGAUGGAAUCAUUUCCAACCCUUCCUUCCUCACCGAGGGCGUCACUCUGCCUCCUUGCUCUACAGAGGAAGUCAUGAGGACGUCCCCCUAUCCCAGAGAGGACACCAUUAUGGCUCACAGCCUCAUUAUAGGCGUCACUCUGCCUCCUUGCUCCGCCGAGGACAUCACUAUGCCUCCCGCCUCCUCUUCGGACAUCGUGCUGAGGAUGUCACUCCACCCCAUUGCUUCGCAGUUUCUUACAACAGCUGCUGCUUAAGUGAGAACAGACAAGUACUUGCAUAACCUACGGCACCCUGAGGCUUUGAGGAACAUGUCACAUGAAAUAAAAUGAAGGCCACGUGCAAGCACAUGCUCUGCAGAAAAUGUAUGCUAAUAGACCCAAAACCAUAAUAAAGCCAAUGUGUGUCAAAAUAGAUUUUGGUUCAUGCCAACAGCAAGAUUUUUUUUUUUACAUGUUAAGGUUUACAGAUCCAAAAUCCACAACAUUUUAUGGAAGUGCAAACUGUAAACAGGUGGAGUAAAUCUUUUAUCUGCAUUAUGUAUUCAGGUCGGCGUCUUUGUUUUCAUAUCAUGACCUCAGUAACUGUCACAGAAAUAAACAUUACAGUUGAGAAAGUUAAAAAAAA